AUGCCGAGGGUGCCGAGAGAAGGGCGGGCUCGGGGGCACCGCUCGGUGCCAGCCCAGCCCUGCCCGCCGCCGGGACCCUGCCCGCGGGCUGUGUUUGCCCAGCGGGUCCGGGGGACACGAACCGGCUGUCCCCGAGCGGGGGUGACGCUGCCGCUGUGUCCCCGCCGCCUCCGCUCGUAUCCUGUUUACCGCCGCCACUCGGGGGGGUCCCCCCGCCCCGGAACAGAGCCACCACCUAAAAACGGCACCUCCUGUGAGCCAGGGGCUGCCCUGGGGCCCAGCUCCCGCUGCGGUCCCCAAAACCGAGCCGUGAAGAAGCCGCAGAGCCCCGCCGGUGCUCAGGGGGGUGCUGGGCAGCCCGACAGGAUGGAGGGGGGGUCCGGACGGUGUGAGACACCCCCCGCACCCCCUCCCCAAAACGCAGCCAGGCCCAGCCCCUCCCGGGGGUCCCCACCGCCCCCAGGAACCGGCAGAUCCCGGCCGGCUCCAGCACAGCCAGGGCUGCCCGACACCCGGGACACCCUCACCUCUCCCCGGGGCCAGGGACCCCAUCACGGGGCCUCAGGCCUCGGUCACAGCGUGGGGACAAGGAAAGUCAGCUCUGAGUGCGUGACCCGCAGCCCCCAGCCCAGCCUGGCGCUGGGAGCAGAGCGGGAGGGGGGCACCCCCCACCCCCCGAGCGGGGCCGGGCCGCACCCCCCCGCACUGCCCAGCCCCACGCCCCCCUUACCUGCCCAGGUGCCGGGGGCUCCGAGGCUCGCCCGCCCCCCCAGCUCCCCCGGGGACCGUGGUGGGUGCGCGGGGCCGCGGUCCCACCCCCGGCCGGGUGCUGUGCCCGGGGUGACUCAAGCGCAGCCCUGCGAGCGCCUCCGCGCCCGGCGGCAGGAAAGCAGGGACUGGAGCCAGCUGCACCCGCCGGACGGGACUCAACUGGGCUGA